AAAUCUUCUCUUUUAAUUUCUUCCUCAAAAACCCAUCUAGUAAAUUCAUAUAGCUAGUUCAAUCAAACCUUUUUAUUUUUUAUUUUUUAAAAAAAAUGUUAGGGAAAAAGGUGGUAUCAUUGAAGAAGCUAGCAAAAAAAGUGAAGGUUGUUGGUAUUGGAGGUGAAAAAGAAGCUUCUUCAUACAAUGAAUGUUUGUUAAAAGAGAAUGAAGAAGAAGAAGAAUCAUCACCAUCAUCCAACACAAGAAGAACAAGAACACCAACCGGUUAUUUUGCAAUCUAUGUUGGUGAAGAGAGGCAGAGAUAUGUUGUUCCAACAAGCUACCUCACUCACCCUUUGUUCAAGAUCUUGCUUGAGAAAUCAUACAAUGAAUUUGGAUUCUCACAGAGUAAUGGCCUCAUUGUUCCAUGCAAAGUUUCCACAUUUCAAGAGGUUGUUAAUGCUAUAGAAUCCAACAAUGGCAAGUUUGACUUAGCCAAAAUUUUUGAAGAUUUUCUAUAAUAUUAUGUGCCAUCCUUUUUUUUUUUCUUUCUAGUGGGCAAGUGUUAAUAAGAUAUAUAUAGGAUACACUUGGCUAGAAUUAGAAUAUAGACACUUAUGUGCAAUAUGUAUGCAAUUUUCAUAGGUCUCCAAAUCUUGGAGAUAUUAACUUUAAUUAGCUUAUUAUGUUAAAGGUUUUGUUAUGAAUAGUUUUUCAAUUGAAUGAUGUUAUUUGAACAUUAACCGAUAAGUAUUUAU